AUGGGUGACAAUUAUGUUAUGAUUCGUGUCCGCUAUGAGGAGGACCGAAAACCAUCGCUGUCCGCACUCGAUGAGGAUCUGCAGCCUUCUCAGCGGACAGUAGAAAUCAGCCCCGAACCUGAAUAUGGUCCCAAGCGGCCCAUACCAGAUCACCUCGCAGAUAUCCUCGAAGAGUGGCACCGGGAGAGGAAGGGAUUACCGCCAUGCGGAUCUUACAAUAGUUCUCGCCCCGUUCAGCAGUGGAAGGUCUUUGACCGCCAAGGCAGACAGAUACAACUCUCUAAAUACGACAUCAUCAGUCCGUGUACAUAUUCAGUCCUUGUCCUCCACCCAUCCGACUCUCCCGAGAUGUUGGUAAGAAGCCGUCUGCCGCACGGUUCAAAGCAUGGAACUUAUCUGGUGGCAUGGCUGGGCCUCAGCAAAGGAUAUGAAGCUCAAUGCUGCGCCAUUCGCAUGUUCGCUUCAAGCACGAAGGAAAUUGUCUACACGCAAGAAGUCUGGAAUAACAACUUCCCGGACCUGGAUCCAGAGGGCCAAGGCCUGAAAACGUCGCUGUCGAAGGCGAUAUCGCAGACGCAGCCACAGGACCGGGGCCGAGAACGUGAGAGGGGGCAGGCACAGAAGAAAAGGAGCGAACAGAUGAAGGAAAGGGCUCUCAGGAAUUCGCGGGCUGUGAGAAACAGGGCAGAUGCAGGGAAUAGUCUCGAGUCACCGGACGAGUUUUCAGACACUGCGUCGUCGUCCUCGGAAGAGGAGGAGGAGGAGGAGGAGGAGAUCGUUGCUGCAUCAACUGCCAAGAAACGCAAGCUUCAGCAUCAGUCUUCUAAUGCCCCGGUGAAGUCUCCCAGGACGACCAACUCGGCCAAAGUGACAGUCAAACUCGUUUCGUACAAAUCGGGCGCCAUCCGCGCCUUUCCCCUUAAGGAAUGUAAAACGGGGAAAGAUCUUUUCCACAAAGCGCAGACAUUCUUCCGGCUGUUUGACAGAGAUGUCGAAGUGAAGAUCCUCUCAUGUCAGAUCUCGCCGGAGCGCAUGCAACAUUAUCUUUUCGACGGUAGCGAAGGCGAGUUUGAUCUCCUCGUUGAGCGUGCCAAGGGCAUCAGUAGCACAGAUGAUGGGCUGGUCACCAUCGAGGUCAAUCAUGUCCUAGGGCUCUGA